GGUCCUGGUUCUGGUCUGGUCCCGGACUGGUCCGGUCCCGAUCCGGUCCCGAUCUGGUCCUGGUCCUGGUCCCGGACUGGUCCUGAUCUGGUCCGGUCUCGAUCCGGUCCCGAUCCGGUCCUGGUCUGGUCCUGAGCCGGUCCUGGUCCGGUCCCGAUCCGGUCCCGAUCCGGUGCUGGUUCUGAUCAGGACCUGAUCUGGUCCAGGUCCUGAUCUGUUCCUGGUCCUGAUGUGAUCCUGGUUCUGGUCUGGUCCCGGUUCUGAUCUGGUGCUGAUCCGGUCCUCAUCCAGUCCCGAUCCGUUCCUGCUUCUGGUCCUGAUCCGGUCCCGGUCCCGGGUCCGGGCUGUCAUCCCGCCGCGGGCCUCGGGGCCUCGGCCCCCGGACGUCCAUCUCCUGGCCGUGGGUUGCGGGGGGACCCCCGCUCCGGCCCCCGCUCCGAGCCACUCUACGCUCCGUCUCGCAGAAGCGCCCGGUUCCCUUUCGUCGGGCACCGGGCCCGCGAGGGCGGCGGAACUAAGAUGACCCCCGAGGGGCGGGCGGCGCCGGCCCGGGCCCGGCGGUGACGGGCGGCCCGGCCCCGGACGCUCCCGUCCAUGGCCCCGCGCCCCUGAAGCCAAAAUGAUGAAGACCGAGCCUUCUGGAGAAAGGGCCCCGCUGCGAAGUGCCUCUCCCCACCGGAACGCCUACCGGACGGAAUUCCAGGCCCUGAAGAGCGCCUUCGACAAGCCCAAGCCGGAGGGCGAGCCCAAGGCCAAAGGUCAGGCCUCCCAGCAGACCCGAGGGCGGAAGUAUGGCACCAACGUCAGCAGGAUCAAGAACCUCUUCAUGCAGAUGGGCCUGGAGCCCAGCGAACCGGUCCCGGCCCCGGCCAGGGCCAGGGGCCAGGGGUCCGCGGGGUCCCCUCCGCGCAGGCCCCGGCCCCGCGAGCUGGUGGAGAAGGCGGACGGCUCCGUCCUCCGGUUGGAGUCCUCCGUGUCCGAGCGGAUCAGCAGGUUCGACACGCUGCCCGACGGCCCGUCCUACUCCAGGGUCACGGAGACCCGGCGGAUGUUCGAGAGGAACGGGGGCCGGGGUCCCGCCUGCUCCCCGAGGAAGGAGGGGGCCGGGGAGCCCCCCGACGGCUGGGCCUCCUCCAGGUCCAACCGAGGCAGCAGCGACUCCCUGGACAGCCUGAGCUCCCGGACGGAGGCCGCGUCCCCCACCGUGACCCAGCUCAGCGCCGUCUUCGAGAACGCCGAGUCGCCCGGGGUCCCCGAGAAGCCGGGGAGCAAGGAGGAGUACUCCGUGACCGGACACUACCCGCUCAACCUCCCCGCCACCGUCUCCAGCCUCGACGCCUUCGGCCGCCUGAAGGACCCCGGCUCGUGGCCCCCAGGCGGGCCGGACUCCGGCAGCCCGUCCCCCACCCGAGAGGAGGCCUCCCCGAGCCCCGAGCCCAGGCCCACCGACGCUGCCCUGCGGGGAAAGGGGACCCCGGAACCCCCGGCGCCUGCCCAGGAAGCGCCGGGCCCAACGGACCUCCGUCACGAGGCCGAGGGCCCCGAGGCCGAGGCCGGACCCCCGGCGGGCACCGCGCCGCCGUCGCCCCAGAACGAGGCCCCGGGGGACGGCGGCGGGAGCAGGCCCACAGAGGGCCCGCGGGACCCCGUGGCCGGGGAUGAUGACCUCCAGGCCGGGGCCGCCCCGGACCCCCGCCCCGGCGACGCCAGCGGCCGGGACGGGCCUCAGGACUCCAACGGGGCGGCCGGUGCCCACGUCUUCAUGCAGAGCGACUACAGCGUCUACCGGGUACGCUCCAGGUAUAGUUCGGACUGGGGAGAGACGGGCACCGAGCAGGACGACAGCGACGAGGGCAACUACUACGGGCCGGAUGGGGAGUAUUCCGAGAUCGGCGGCUUGCCGGAAGAGGAGGAGAUUCCGGCCCACCGGAAGAUUCAGUUCAGCAGCGCUCCCAUUAAGGUUUUCCACACCUACUCCAACGAGGACUACGACCGGCGAAACGACGAGGUGGACCCGGUGGCGGCCUCGGCCGAGUACGAGCUGGAGAAGCGCGUGGAGAAGCUGCUCCUGUUCCCCGUGGAGCUGGAGAAAGAUGAGGACGGGCUGGGCAUCAGUAUCAUCGGGAUGGGCGUGGGCGCCGACGCCGGGCUGGAGAAGCUGGGAAUAUUCGUCAAGACGGUGACGGGCGGCGGGGCGGCCCAGCGGGACAGUCGGAUCCAAGUGAAUGACCAAAUCGUGGAGGUGGACGGAAUCAGCCUGGUGGGCGUCACGCAGAACUUUGCGGCCACGGUCCUCAGGAACACCAAGGGCACCGUCAGGUUUGUGAUUGGGCGUGAAAAGCCGGGACAAAUGAGCGAGGUGGCCCAGCUGAUCAGCCAGACCCUGGAGCAGGAGCAGCGGCACAGAGAGCUGCUGGAACAGCAUUACGCCCAGUACGAUGCCGACGACGACGAGACAGGGGAAUACGCCACGGACGAGGAGGACGAGGGCAUGGGACCGGUCCUUCCGGGCGGCGACAUGGCCAUUGAGGUAUUUGAACUUCCUGAGAACGAUGACAUGUUUUCCCCAUCAGAGUUGGAGGCGAACAAACUCAGUCACAAGUUCAAAGAGCUGCAGAUCAAGCACGCCGUCACAGAAGCUGAGAUUCAGAAGCUGAAGACCAAGCUGCAGGCCGCCGAGAACGAGAAGGUGCGGUGGGAGCUGGAGAAGAGCCAGCUCCAGCAGAACAUCGAGGAGAACAAGGGGAGGGCGCUGAAGCUGGAGAGCUACUGGAUCGAGGCGCAGACGCUGUGCCACACGGUCAACGAGCACCUGAAGGAGACCCAGAGCCAGUACCAGGCCCUGGAGAAGAAGUACAACAAGGCCAAGAAACUGAUCAAGGACUUCCAGCAGAAAGAACUCGAUUUCCUCAAACGGCAGGAGGUGGAGAGGAAGAAAAUCGAAGAUCUGGAGAAGGCUCACCUCACGGAAGUCCAGGGCCUCCAGGCCCGGAUUAGAGAUUUGGAAGCGGAGGUCUUCCGGCUGCUGAAACAGAAUGGGACUCAGGUCAACAACAACAAUAACAUCUUCGAGCGGAGAGAUGCCUUGGAAAACCUGGAUGCCAAGCCGGAGUCGGGCCCGGAGUCGGGCUUAAGUACAGGUGGGCGUGAGGACCCCCACCCGAGACCCAUCCGAUCCAAAGGUGCUGAAGCCCGAGCGCAGCUGUCCGUGAGAACAAGCGCCAGAGGCCCCUCCCGGGACCAGUGUUACGACAGCAUCAGCUCCACCGAUGGCGGAGGACAGACCCUCGAGCAGAAGAACUUCCCCGGGAGCGACGACUUCAACCCCAGCAGCACCAGCUCGGCUGAUCUGAGCGGCCUCGGGGCGGAGCCCAAGACGCCCGGACUCUCUCAGUCCUUAGCCCUGUCGUCUGACGAGAUACUCGACGAGGGCCAGUCUCCCAAACGCAGCCCGGGGCCCGGCCGCGCCGUCCAGGACUGGACCGUGCAGCAGGUCGGACACUGGCUCACCGGCCUGAGCCUGGAGCAGCACGUGGCCGAGUUCAGCGCCCAGGGCAUUGACGGCCAACUCCUCCUGCAGCUGGACGGCGGGCGGCUGAAGGCGCUGGGCAUGACCUCUUCCCAGGACCGAGCCAAGGUGAAGAAGAGGCUGAAGGAGAUGAAGGCCUCGGUGGAGAGAGCACGCAAGGCCCAGGAGAAGAUGGAGAAGCAGCGGGCCAAACUAAGGAGGAGGGAGCAGGAGCAGCUCCAGAGGAAAUCCAAGAGGUCGGAGAAGCCUCCGGGCGGCCAGUGACGGACGCUCGGCCCGGCUCCCGGCCCCGGCCCGCCCGGACGGAACGUGCCCCGAGCUGGGCCUGCUCCGCCUGCCCGAGGACGCCUGGUGGGGCCGGGGUGGGGGGCGAGCCGCCGCCUUUGUUCGUGUCCUUGCCCCCUCUGACGGUCUCCCCUCCUCCCGGCUGUCUGUCCGGGCUGGCUCCCCGACGUCCUCAGGCCCCGCUCGGCGGCCGGCGACCGGAACCAUCCACGGCUCGGCGGCUGGCUAACCGGAAGCGUCCACGGCUCGGCGGAUUGUGGCGGGACUGAGGGGUUCGGUCCGGUGGGGUGGCGUCGGCCCCGGGGGAGCAAACUCACUGGGCAGCUAGGGCCCGGGUUGGGGCGGGGGGACGAGGGGAGGGCUCAGCUGCUAAACCACAGACUGCAGAGUCUCCAGGCGAAGGUCUGUGGGCUCUGGGGGUGCUCCGUUUUGGGGUCCUGGGGGGAAAGACAUGCACCCCAGGGAGCUCAGGCCCACCCGGCUCCUCACCCCUGCACAGCCGGGCCACUUGUGUGUGUGUGUGAGCUCAUGCAUGAGUGUGCCUGUGUGUGUGUAUAUGUGUGCAUGUGUGAAGUCCCUGAAUGUAUAUGUAUGUGUGUGCCUGUGUGUGCGUGCGUGAGUGUGUGUGUAAAGAGGUAGCCGACCAUGCGUUUCCCAGCAAUUCCUGAGCAGGAAAUGGAUUUGGAAGGAAAACAGCCAAUUUCCAGAUUCAGGCUCCUCCGACCACCAGUGCCUGCCCACCCGUCCAUUUGCGGUCCUGCCGGCCGGACAUCUAACAUAAAAGCCCAUCUCGGGCCCGGGCCUCGGCCGCCUCCUCCGGCCGACGAUUUCCCACAGGCCCCGUCCGCGCUCUGGCCCGGGCGUCAGGCUCCGAGGGCACGGGCGGCCCUCCGGCCCGGCUGCCGUCCGGUCCUGGGGCGGGGAGGUUUGGGUCUUAAGGCGGUGAACGGAUGGCAGGGGCAGGGGUGCAGAGCGGUCUCCCUGCCUCUGAGUCUUUGAGGGAUUUCCGUUUCACAGUCAGGUGGGUGGGACCGGGCUGGGUCUGGUCACCCUUCAAACCGGCCCGAGAACCGUCGAUGCGCCCCGGCGGACAGGAAGAGGGAGGGACGGGGGAUGGAUGGACACAUCUCUGUCUCUCAGAAGUUUCUCACUGGGGAUUAUCGGGCUUGGCGGUUACAGCUCGGCCGACCCGGUGCCCAGCCGAGCUUCGGGCUAGGCCCACCCUGGCAUCGGGCCCACCCUGACUGGGGCUCCUUGCUUACUUGACCCCGACCGUCCAUCAUCCCGGUGGUCAGGGAGUCCACGGGGUGUCGCAGGGCCCGGUCGCCGGCCAGUGCGACCGAUGGUCCGAGCCUGGCAGGGGCCGGUUCUCACCAUUUGGCCGAGAGCCUCUGCCUUCACGGGCCUGGGGAAGAGGACUCCCCGGUGGUCCCAGGGAGCCCCCUGAAGUCCCCUCAUUGGCGGACCGCAGUGCUGACCCCAGGAGAGGGUCAGCACGGGAUCAGAGUUCCGUCCGCCGAGCCUGCCGAGAGCCAACCGGUUCAGGUGACCUCGCUGGGCCAUCCGCGGGCCCGGCCACUGUGGGCACAGCCCGGAGGGCGGGAGGGGUGGACACGACUGCCGGUUCCGCUGGUGAGUGGGCUUCCAGAGGGAGAGAGUGGGCAGUCUUGGGGGCUCCCAGGCCCCCCGGGGAGCAGUGCCAUUAACGUCCUGCGGGUCUCGCCGGCACGGACGGACACGCAGGUGGAUGGGUUUCCCGCCAAGAAGGUGACCUAACCCGGGGUGGCCUGGGGGGUGGCGGGGGAAUGUGCCUCUCCCCGAUGGCGAACCAAUGGCAGGGCAACCUCACAAGAUGGAGGAGUGCCAGGCUCCCUUCCCGAGUUUUGUUUACAUUCGGUGAGGUUUUUCCACCGUGGCGUGCACCGGGGUGGGGACAGCGGGUCUCUCCACCCUUCCAACUCACCAUCUUCUUCGUCUCCCCUAUCCGCUGCCCGGAAGGGGUUGUUGGGCCUCCCCGAUGUCCGGGAGAGUGACCGGCACCGUGAUCUGGGAGGCGUGGGGAAGCGUGCUCACCCCCCUGAGUGCCCGAGGACGGGACUCCCAGCCGUGGGGGCUGCAGACCGUGACGGCGGGGCAGCCCGGCCUUGCUCGGGGCCGGCACGGGGUGCAGGCGAGCAUUUUUGGGAAGGGGGGUUAUGUAACGGUGCUCCCAGCCUCCCUGGGCUUGGUGAGGCUCUGAGAUGGCUCAGCUCCUGGAUUGAGCCAGGCCCCUCUCACCGUUCUCACAUUUAACCCAGAUGGAGGGGAGCCGCAAGGCCCUCCGGUUCAAUCCGGUUUGGUCCGGUCAAGUCCGGUCUGGUCAAUCCCGCCUGGCGGAGAGAAAGGACCAGUCCCACUCCCUGAGACCCCUUACAGUCUCUCCCUCUCUGAUUCUCUCUCUCACUCUCCUUUUCCAUCUCUGUUUCUCGCCAUCUUUCUCUCUGGCUGUCUCUCCAUCUGCCUCUUCUCUCUGGCUCUCUCUCACUCUCCCUGUCUCUCCUCCUCUCUCUGUGCCGAUACCGAAGGCCCAGAGUGACCAGGUCAUCGGGCUGGGCUCCCCUCCGGGGUGGGGUGAAGCCCCUCUGCCCGCCUCCUGCCAGCCUGGCCAUCCCUCACGACCCCGGGGCUUGUGCCCUCCAUUUUGAGCCGGCCAGACCUCAGGGUCAUCCAUCCUCGGGUCCCGGCACCGGUCGACUGGCCACGGCUGCCAAGGAGCUCGAGUGUGGACGGAGCCCAGUGGGGCAGACCUUCACAUCAGCCUCCCCAGGGGCCACGAGCCGGUCUUUCCGGGGGUGGACGGGCCCAUGUAGCAGUCCCUGGACACCAAGCGCAUGCACACAGGUGUGCCCUAUGAGGGUCACUCCUGGCACCGCUCAAACAUGUAUAAGGCGGUUCUACUCCCUCCGUCCCAGGUAUCCGAUCGCUGUGAACACUAGUUCUGGGGAGGGUUGGUCCGCAGUGGAGGGGGAGGAGGAGAACCGGUGCCCCUGUCCCAUCCAACAUGUAUGACCAGCCCCGCCCCCAAGCGCACAGUUGACACCUAGUUGGGAGAAUCUCCCACCGGCGACCCGGGGAUAACGGGGUGUCGGGGUGGGAUGGCGGAGGGCGACGGCAGUUUCAAGCCCUCGUCUGGUCUCUGUCCGUCAACUUCCGCGGGGGCUUGAGUGGCCCCAGGUUGGAAUUUGGCUCCCCGGGAGGAGUCGGAGUCACCCCUCGAAGAGAGGCCGGGGCUCCCCUCUCUCCCGACUCGGGGUGAGCCCGUGCCAAGGGUAAGCCCGAACCCGAGCUGCCCUCACUUCCCUUUCACCCCGCCACUUCCGCAAUCCCCCUACCCGCGGCAACAACAGCCGCGGAUGGGACCCGGGAAGAGGAGGACGAGAAAGGGGUUCCGCUGUAAAAAUCGGUUUUAUUUUCAUCUUUCUAUCUUUCUGGAGGAAAAGAGUUGUUUCAAUACAAUUUUGAAGUGGAUGUGUCAGGCCAGCAUGUUACCCAGAACCCUUGGGUUUUCCAUUUUGCCCUCCGCCCCCGUGCAUGGAAGAGGCCCCGGUGGCCGGCGGGGCCCGGUCCGAGGCCGGGCCCUGUCGGGUGGCUCUCUGACGGGGUGAACCUGGUUCGGAGAGCCCGGAGCAAGACACGUCAGCAGCCCCGAAGCUUCCUGACCAACCCCAGCGGCCUCCGCGCCCUCCGUUCUGUAAAUAAACCUCUUACCGCCGAGUGUUAGUGUUGUUCGACAACGAAUGCAAUAAAGAGAAAUGCCGAGA